AUGAGGUCAACGAAAAUCAACAGAAGUAGUAAAAAUAAGACAAUUACGAAUUCCAAGGAAAAGAAAAGGAAAAAGGACAAUAAAACCCAAAAGCCAUCAGAGAAGAAGAAGGUCAUCAAGCCAACGCACUUUCCUUACUUUAAGGAUAACUACUGUCCUCCUGAGUGUGCCUGCUACGGAAGAGUGGUCCAGUGCUCAGACAAAGGUGUGGACAAGGUUCCUUAUGGUAUUCCCUAUAAUGCCCGCUACAUCCUCCUCAUGAAUAACCACAUCAACAGCAUCCAGCAGGACCUGCUCAAUGAGUAUGUCACUCUGGAGUUCCUAGUGUUGAGCAACAAUCGGCUCACAGAUGGCGCCAUAGAGAGGGCCUUUGAGGGGGUUCCAGCUUUGAAACGCCUCUACCUGGAUAAUAACGUCCUUGACAGCGUGCCAACUGAUCUUCCUGUUUCUCUCGAGGAGCUUCGUUUGGACAACAACCGGCUUAGUGUGAUGUCUGAGGCAGCCUGGGCCCGGUGCCCCGGCCUCUUGGUUUUGAGCCUCAGCUACAACAGCAUAGGGAAUGGAUCUGAAUCUCUUCCCAAUGCAGUUUUUUCUCCUUUGAGCAAGCUGCGCACUCUGAACAUGGAUCACAACCAGUUAACAUUGGUUCCUCUGGGCUUACCACUGUCCAUCAAGGAGCUCUACCUCAAAGGGAACCUCAUUGAGCAGUUCCGUGGAGGAGCCUUCAAUGGGAUAUCAGAGCUGGUGGUGUUAGAUAUGAGUUCAAACAGACUCACAAACAAGGGUCUUCUCAGGGAUUCCCUUCUUAAUGCAACUCACUUGGAAAGCCUCAACUUAGAGGGGAACAAACUAAAACAAGUGCCACGACACCUUCCCCGCUCACUUAAAACCCUAAAUUUGGAGGGAAACCUCAUAUCUUCCAUAAAGAAAGCGGUUUUUAGAACCUUGAAAAACCUGGAACACCUGGGUUUAGCGAGGAAUAAAAUCUUCAAAGUGGCACCAGGGGCCUUCAGGACAUUGCCCGUCCUGCAUCAGUUAGACCUGUGCCACAACACCUUGCGCCAGAACUAG